AUGUCAACAUCAGGAGCUACUGCACAGGCAAGCGAAUUCCGAAAAGACUCGACUUGGAAAGGCAGGGAACAAUCACAAGAAGCACAGUACAUCCGCCAAAAGGAGAAGGAGCAACUCGAAGCAAUUAGGCAGACACAUUCCGAGAACAAAGAUAACGACGGCAUCGACCAGGUCAAACAUCCCAUGGAUCGCGACUUCGAAGGGGGUUUUGGAGGACAAGAGGAUCUCGAAGAUCGCUAUGCCACUACGAGCGGUGAACACUGA